UUCCCUCCGGCUCUGCGCGCCUGGCUGGGGGCUGCUGAGCUGCAGGGGCCGGGUUCCCGCACCCCGCUCUCAAGUCCGGGGUUACCCGCGGGGCCUGAGACGCGCUUUGCCUCCUACAGCCCCUCGAGCUAGCCCUUGGCUCGGGAUUGGAGACUGGCCCUUAAUUCUUACCCAGAUCUCACACGGUGUCCCCGCUCCCCAUCCCAGGGGGUGACAGGCGCGAACGCCUUUGAAACACGGGUUAAAAUGCAAGACGUCGUCUCAAAUGCCAGAGAUUUGCGGGAGUGCUCCUGGAAGGCCUCAGAAUCUCCGCAAGGUUUAAGACAUCCGUUUCCAUGUUGAAACAAAGCCCUCUAAUCCUGCAGUGACCAACAGUUCACUUUGGAAAGUGAAGAAUGGAAUCCUUGGGAAGGAGAUGAAAAAAAUGAGCAACAAUACAGAUUUAAAACUAGCCUUCAAGUAUUAAAUAAAUCCACGAAAGGAAAAACAGACCUCAGUGUACAAAUCUGGGGCAAAGCUGCCAUUGAGCUUUCAUUCAGGUGAAAUCAUGAUAAAACAUCAGGGGCUGCCAUAAGGAGAAAAGAUGCAGUGGCAUUUGUCUGUGAAGGGGAUCAUGCAUUCAGGGAUAUGUGUUCAAGUGAGGAGGAGGCUUGUAUCUCUGGGAGCACAUUUUUGAAGGCUUACUUGAUCCCAGCGAUGUGACUGCUCAAUGGAGAGAAGGAAAGUCAAUCGUAGGAAGAACACAAUACAGAGAUGGGGGUCUUGCUAUGUUGCCCAGACUGGAGUGCAGUGACUGUUCACAGACAAGAUCAUAGCAUACUACAGCCUCGAAUUCCUGGGCUCAAGAGAUCCUCCUGCCCCAGCCUUCUGAGUAGCUGGGAAUAUAGCUUCAUCACUGGUCCAGCUGUAAUACCAGGGUACUUCUCUGUUGAUGUGAAUAAUGUGGUACUUAUUUUAAAUGGAAGAGAAAAAGCAAAGAUCUUUUAUGCCACCCAGUGGUUACUUUAUGCACAAAAUUUAGUGCAAAUUCAAAAACUCCAGCAUCUUGCUGUUGUUUUGCUCGGAAAUGAACAUUGUAAUAAUGAGUGGAUAAACCCGUUCCUCAAAAGAAAUGGAGGCUUCGUGGAGCUGCUUUUCAUAAUAUAUGACAGCCCCUGGAUUAAUGACGUGGAUGUUUUUCAGUGGCCUUUAGGAGUAGCAACAUACAGGAAUUUUCCUGUGGUGGAGGCAAGUUGGUCAAUGCUGCAUGAUGAGAGGCCAUAUUUAUGUAAUUUCUUAGGAACAAUUUAUGAAAAUUCAUCCAGACAGGCACUAAUGAACAUUUUGAAAAAAGAUGGGAACGAUAAGCUUUGUUGGGUUUCAGCAAGAGAACACUGGCAGCCUCAGGAAACAAAUGAAAGUCUUAAGAAUUACCAAGAUGCCUUGCUUCAGAGUGAUCUCACAUUGUGCCCGGUCGGGGUAAACACAGAAUGCUAUCGAAUCUAUGAGGCUUGCUCCUAUGGCUCCAUUCCUGUGGUGGAAGACAUGAUGACAGCUGGCAGCUGUGGGAAUACAUCUGUGCACCACAGUGCUCCUCUGCAGUUACUCAAGUCCAUGGGCGCUCCCUUUAUCUUUAUCAAGAACUGGAAGGAACUCCCUGCUGUUUUAGAAAAAGAGAAAACAAUAAUUUUACAAGAAAAAAUUGAAAGAAGAAAAAUGUUACUUCAGUGGUAUCAGCACUUCAAGGCAGAGCUUAAAAUGAAAUUUACUAAUAUUUUAGAAAGUUCAUUUUUAAUGAAAAAUAAAAGUUAACUUAAUUAUCUUUUUGAGCUAAGAUGUGAUUUUUAAAAUCAUUUUGA